AUGACUAAUUUUUGGUCCAUAAACUCGAAGGUGGUGGCGGUCCAUACCAAUGUGGUAAAGCCCCGGAGCGCUGAUGUCAAUGAGAACAUACUGUCCGAAGUCGCCAGAAAUAAGUACGGCCUGACAGAGGAGAUGAUCAAAAACGGUCAGCCCUUAGAGAAUGUGCUCGAAGAGUUGGAUCAGUUCGCAAAGGCCAAGCUGUCGAGCGAAACCGGCCGUUCCUUCCACCUGAUCACUGACGGACAGUUACACCUGAGACAAGUGCUUCAUCCCGAAGCCUCCAACAAAGGCAUACCUUUACCUGAAUAUUUCAAUACAUUCUAUGACUUACGCAAAGAAUUCAGAAAGUUUUACCGAAACAAUGACAUUCAGACCAUCGAUGAUAUCAUUAAUUAUUUAUGUAUUGAAGGCGACGCCUCAGCCGACUGUGCCGUACAAAAGGUUCAAAAUAUGGCACAAAUCAUCAUUAGACUCAUCACUGAUGAAGUCCAGAACCCAAAUACACAGAAAUCAGUGCUUUUGACUGAUGUGAAGAUUGGCAUUGGAGAGCACCGGCACUCUAGUCGUCAAUUCCUAAUUCCUAUGGUUAUUCCUGCGGACAUAUCUGACUGA